CAACUCUCCAAUCUUCAACAACAGUCGCUCACCAACACGACUCAUCAUGGGACAGGCUCCAUCCAGUGGCAAGGGUGCCGGACACAGGAAGGAUGAUAAGAAGAAGGCUGCCCCGCCCAAGUGGGAGCCGCCAGUUCCCACGCGCGUAGGAAAGAAGAAGAGGCGCGGUCCGGAUGCGGCGACGCGCCUUCCGCCCGUGUUCCCAACGACGCGCUGUAAGCUCAAGAUGCUCAAGAUGGAGCGCAUCAAGGACUAUCUGCUGCUGGAGGAAGAGUUCUUGACGAAUGCGGCGUUGACGGCGGGCGAGGAUCGGACCGCGGCAGACCGGACACGCGUCGACGAGCUGCGUGGGGCGCCAAUGGGUGUCGGCACCCUGGAGGAAAUUAUCGACGACGACCACGCAAUUGUCACGCUGGGGAGCGGCCCGGAGUACUACGUUGGCAUCAUGUCGUUCGUCGACAAGGAUUUGCUCGAGCCUGGAUGCUCGGUACUUCUGCAUCACAAGACGCACUCCAUCGUCGGCGUCCUUGCGGACGAUGCAGACCCCAUGGUGUCGGUGAUGAAGCUCGACAAGGCGCCGACCGAGAGUUACGCCGACAUCGGUGGCCUGGAAACCCAAAUCCAGGAAAUUAAGGAGAGUGUCGAGCUCCCUCUCACCCACCCCGAGCUGUAUGAAGAGAUGGGUAUUCGGCCACCUAAGGGUGUUAUUCUUUACGGCGUGCCCGGUACUGGCAAGACGCUGCUCGCCAAGGCAGUCGCCAAUCAGACGUCGGCCACCUUCCUCCGCAUUGUCGGCUCCGAGCUUAUCCAGAAGUACCUGGGUGACGGCCCGAAGCUUGUGCGCGAGCUGUUCCGCGUAGCUGAGGAGCACGCGCCGAGUAUCGUGUUCAUCGACGAGAUCGACGCUGUAGGCACCAAGCGUUACGACUCGACCUCAGGUGGCGAGCGCGAGAUUCAACGUACCAUGCUGGAGCUGCUUAAUCAGCUUGACGGCUUCGACGAGCGUGGCGACGUCAAGGUUAUCAUGGCCACGAACCGGAUCGAGUCCCUGGAUCCGGCUCUCAUUCGUCCUGGUCGUAUCGACCGCAAGAUUGAAUUCCCCCUUCCUGACACGAAGACGAAGCGCCACAUCUUCAAGCUGCACACAUCGCGCAUGUCGCUUGCCGACGAUGUCGAUCUCGAGGAGCUGGUCAUGACCAAGGACGACCUCUCGGGCGCCGACAUCAAGGCCGUGUGUACCGAGGCGGGUCUACUUGCGCUGCGCGAGCGCCGUAUGCGCGUUACCAAGGAGGACUUUACCCAGGCGCGCGAGAAGGUCUUGUACCGCAAGGAUGAGAACACGCCUGCGGGAUUGUAUCUGUGAGGUAGCGCGAGGGUAUCACAACGCAUGCAUAGGUGUCUGUAUACAUGAUCCAGACCGCGAUUUCCCUUAUGCUUAGCCUGCUCGUUGUUCAACGGACACUGACACUCACUGCUAAAACACACGGAACUGUAUGUCGCCUCCGACACCUCGUCCGAAUAGCGCGGCCCUCAUCAGUGGCGC